AUGACAGAGGCACCCCAACACGCUCCUUCAGCGUUUGAUCACGACCUUGCCUUCACUCCACCCACCACGGCUGGCAAUACGACCAACUUACUCGAUAUCCCAAGCUCAAACGGUUCUUUGAGCACCCCUCCCUCAUCCUCCUCGGCAGCUUCCCUUAACGGUUCAACCACUAUUGCCCAGCACAUCAACUAUCACAUUGCUCAGUUGGAUGCACAUGACCAACAACAACCCCAAAUGAGCUUUUCCCCCAGCAACAGCAACCAAAACGGUGACCUUAUCGAUCAUUCCAAUCAACAUGUUGCCGAACGCGUGGUCGAUAUUUCACCCAACAAGCGCUAUGGACGUCUCAACACUUUACUCGGCAAGGGGGCAUUCAAAGUAGUGCAUAAAGCGAUUGAUCAUGAAGAAGGUUACGAGGUUGCAUGGAACGUGUUGCAGAUUGGACAACAUGAGAGCACCAAAGACAUCCUCCACGAGAUUGAGAUAUUGAAAUCAGUGCGACAUCCCAACAUCAUUGCCUUCCAUGAUGCCUGGAUUAACAAAAACGAGUUUGUGUUUGUGACCGAACUGAUGACCUCGGGCACGUUGCGUGAAUACAUUCGCAAACUCAGCUUGCCAAAUCCAAAGAUUGUCAAACGAUGGAGUCGUCAAAUUCUUAAGGGCCUUGCUUAUUUGCACUCGCAUAAUCCACCCAUCAUUCACAGAGACAUCAAAUGUGAUAACAUCUUCAUCAAUGGCGCACACAAUGAGAUCAAAAUCGGUGAUAUGGGGACGGCAGAGAAUAUGCUCGUCGGCAACAAAAAGUACACGCUCAUCGGCACACCCGAAUUCAUGGCUCCCGAGAUGUAUGAGGAACGUGGCUAUUCGGUCAAGGUUGAUAUUUAUGCGUUCGGCAUGUGCUUGUUGGAAAUGGUCACUGGUGAAUACCCUUAUGCCGAAUGCACCAAUGCUGCUCAAGUGUACAAAAAAGUAUCACAGCACAUCAAACCAGAGUCUCUCAAUAAGGUGCCAAAUCAACAAGUGCUCGAUGUCAUCAAUAGUUGCUUAGCGGAAAAUGAGAAUGAAAGAUUAUCUGCACAAGAAUUGCUCGAAUGCUCAUUUUUGGCCGUUGAACCUGAUGUUCAGCUUUUAGCCACUGAUCCAUCACAUAAGCUGCUUACCCUCCAAGUUGUGUUUAAAGGCUCUGAUAAAGUAUCGGUUAAAUUUGAAUUCAAUGUGGAGAAAGACACAGCGGAGGAAGUGGUUGCGGAAAUGAUUGAAGAGCAAGUAUUGCCUGAGCGAUACCAGCAUUGGAUUACGGGCGAGCUCAACAGGAUAUUACGUGACAUUGGCAAGGAGGAAGCCGAAGCUGACAAUAGCCUUGGCGAUGUUAGCGGCACACGUGCUGUAUGGCGUCGUGACAAUGACACCCAAAAUGAAUUGGACCGUGCACGACAAGAAUUGAACAUGAUGUCUGAAAGGGCUCGUGAAGCUGAACGAAGGAGAGAGAUGCUUGAGAAGCAAAUGAGCCAAGCUGAAGAAAGGUUAAAUGAAGCCGAGCAAGAGCUUGAGCGUCUUGCGAAUAAGCCAAGACCUAAUGAAGACGUUGAGACUGGAGAUGAUGAAAGGUUAUCACCAAGCAAUGGUGAUCAACAAGAGGCACCGUUGGUGAGCGCUAGAUGCUUUACGGAUGAGGAUAGCAUCGAUGAUUUUGUUCGAGAAACGGCAAUAGCUACCAAUCGUGGAGCUGAUAAGGCGGAUGCAUGGGCUGCCAAGUUGAAGGAUCAAGACAUUAUGACUGUGGGUGACCUUCGUGGACUUUUGGAUGAGGAUUGGUUAGCCAUUGGCUUGACAGUGUUUGCAUCGAGAGCCUUGAAGAAUAUGCUUCGCAACAAUGAAAAGAAAUCGAAAAGCCCCGAUGUAAUACCCAAGGCGGAGGAACAUUGA